CGCUAAUUGGUUUCUGAGCUUUCUGACUGCGUUUCUCAGUUGUUCUGUGGAAAUGGCUACCUGUUACAAGAGCAUUCAUCCAGUGAAAUACUACCGAGAUUUCCUAGCAAAGGGUGUGAGGCCAGAUGGUCGAGAUAUGCAGAAGUUUCGUCCUGUUUCAAUUAAUGUAGACUCUAUAAAAACAGCUGAAGGCUCAGCCAUUGUUAAGAUUGGAAACACUGUCGUUGUUUGUGGAAUAAAAGCUGAAUUAGCAGCACCAAAAGCUGAAGAGCCCAACUUUGGAUAUCUUGUACCAAAUGUGGAACUUCCACCACUUUGUUCACCCAGGUUUUGUCCUGGUCCACCAAGUGAUUUGGCUCAGGUGUCAAGUAAUUUUAUUGCUGAAACACUGACUAGCUCUGGAUGUGUAGAUCUGAAGGAUCUGUGUAUAGCACCUGAACAUCUGGCAUGGGUUCUUCAUUGUGAUUUAAUUUGUUUGGACCAUGAUGGAUCAUUAUGGGAUGCAUGUGUCAUCGCGCUUGUAGCGGCCCUCAGAACUGUUAAACUACCACAUGUUUCAUAUGAUGUCGAAGCAGAAACCACAGUUGUUUCCCCUGAGAAGAGAAAUAAACUUCAAGUGCAUAACACACCCGUAGCCACAACAUUUGCAAUUUUUGAUGAUGAAAUUCUCUUAACUGAUCCAACAAAUGAAGAAGAGAGCUUAUCAAGUGGAGUCAUGACUAUUGUUGUUCAAGGAGGUCAGCUAUGUUCUGUCCACAAACCAGGAGGGAGUCCACUGACAGAAUCACAGUUACAGGAGUGCAUUAAUGGAGCCAUGAAGAGGGCAGAAUAUAUCAACAAGCUUGUUAACAUGACUCUUGAAUCUCUUGGUACUUAAAGUUUGCUAAUAGCUGAUGCUACCACCAGGAUCAAAAUAUGGCAGUAAAAGGAUAAGGAAAUAUAAUGCGAUGUAUUUUUGUUGGUCAUCAAAAUUGAUUUGUUAAUGACUUACAGCAAAGUAGAUUUUCCAGUUACUUUGUUGACUCUUUAAAAAUGUGUACAUGGCUUUACAUUGUACAUGAAACAUUAUGGUUUCAUGUUAGUGCUGGAUGCCCGAUAAUGUUUUAUUCCUUUUUAUAUGAAUAAAUUCUUCAGUUUUCUCUUACUGUUUAA